UCAUGGAAGGGUCGGUUGUUCCUGUAGUGUCGACGCGUCCGCAAAAAUCCAAAUCGUGUCACAAAGUGUUUGCUCGGCAUGCCUUAUUUUUAUUUUCUUUCUUGGCGCGUCUAAAAUAAUAUAUAUGUAUAUAUAUAUAUAUAUAUAUAUAUAUAUAUAUAUAUAUAUAUAUUAUUUUAGCUAAAGAAAUAUAGAUUUAAUUAAUUAUUUAAUUAAUUAAUUAGUAAAACGUAUCUUUAAAGAAAUAGAAAAAAAACAAGAUAUUAAAGGUUUUUCGCAUAUCAAGCGAAAUUAGACGCGAUAUCUAGGAAGAGCAAGGCGGGGAUAGAUCGAUAUGUCGAUGAUCGAUCGCGCGCUGUAAAAUAGGUCGAGCAGGAGUCAUAAACAUCACGGUCACGUGCGGUGCGUUUCCACGUCUGCUAAGAAACCGCUCAAGGUCGUUGUAAAUAGCUGGUGGUUGUGAGAGCAAGAUCGUCAGGGUCGCGGUAUUGUGAGGAGAAUGUGGAGGAAGGACGCGACGUUGGUCGGGUCGAUUAUCAUCGUCGUCACGCUAAUUUCUCUGACCGUUGACGAGACUAUCGCCGGAAGCUGCAGAUCCGCGAAGCUCUGCUGCCAAGGCAGGGACUCUGGUUGCGUCAUCCAGAAGGAGUCACCAAAUGCGAUUAUCGAGAGCCUCCGCGAUAAGCCGUGUUACUGCGAUCAUGCCUGUCUCAAGCUCGCCGAUUGUUGCGACGAUUUCAAAGAAACCUGCGGUGUGGUGGAUUGCGCGGUGAGCGAAUGGAGUCCAUGGAGUCCAUGCGAUAACGGAUGCGGAAGUGGCACUCAAAGACGCAGCCGGGUGAUCGAGAUCUCGGAGAAAAACGGCGGAAAGCACUGUCCUCGUCUGGAUCAAGUCAGGACUUGCCGCAGCUUCCAGACAUGCCACGCCGGAAUUCGUCCGCAGCCGCACGCUAAAAGUGUGACGCUUCUUGCACUCUUUCCGGGCGACGGAAACAGUACAGACGUAAGGAUCAAGGAUAGGAUUGUCGAUAAAGGAGGCAGCUGCGUUGCUUUCACUAUUGUACGCGUCUCGCAGGGUUGCAGUAGAAUUUCAAAUUUACUCUCAGAAGGUUCGCGGAUCUGCGUUGAGCGUCCCAGUAACGAGAGUCUGGACCGAUACGUGGGGAUCGGUAGAUGGAAGCUGUCGACCGAUAUCGCCGGUAGCAGCAAUCGGCGUGGUCGAUCGACGAAUUCUGCUUGCCACGGCAAAUGGAUCGGCGAUUCACGAUUGCUGGUGGAUUGUCAUAAUCCGCGAUGCGACCGGUCGAGUCCGAGUCAAGUGCCGUCGUAUACCUCGCAGUUGUUCCGGGAUCGCAGGAACGCAGACGUCAUCGUCGGCAAUCCGGAUAGAUCUGUGAGAAGACGUAGGAGAGGCAGGCGACGGAAGAAGAGCAAAAGGAGAAGGCGCGACGCCUCUGCUGUCGUGGAACGGUGAAUGUUCCUCCAGCGGCUUCCGUGUCGCAGCUUCUCCCGCGAGUGUCUCAUCUCUCACAUUAAUAUCUCUUCCUUUCUCCCAUAUCCUUACGUCUAAUAUACAUGUAUAAUAUAUGUGAUAAUUGUACGCGAGAAAGGCACUUCAGGGAUUGAUCUUGCAGAAAUUUCGGGCCAAUCUUUCCGUAAUAAAAUCGACUUUGAAUUAUAAGGAUUGACAAUACGGAUAACAUUUUGCAAAUUGAGCUUCCAAAUUACAAAUAAAUAACAGAAAGCUUUAUUGCAAAAUUUUAAUUCGAUUGUUUUUUUUUUUAUUAAAAAAAUAUUGAAUUUUAAAAAUUUUGUGAAAAGAAAUGUCGUAUCUAAUUAAAUUUUUGCUAGGAAAAGAACUUUAUUGCUUGCAAAGAUUAUAUUUUUGAAAUAAACUCCAUAUCUUACGAUUUUACAUUCUAUAUACACUUUUCUAUAUAGAAUAUAUAUCGACAAUUUUCUGCUGCCACUUUUCUUAAUUUUGUUUUAUUAAUCACUAUUCGUAAUUGUUUAAUUAUCUUUGACGUAAAAAUUUUUCUCUUAAGUUUUCUUAAGCUCUAGAACGUAAAAUAAAAUCCAUUUCAUUUUGUUUCUCUCUUUCCUCUCUCCUUUUUCAGCUCCAAUUGGAUGUAGCAAUGGAUUGGACUCAGAUUAUCCCGAUAAUUAUCAUAUCGAUUUUAUCAUUAGAGCAGACUUGCGAGUCGUCCAUCGGGAAACAAUGAAAUUUCUUAUGCCCUUGAUAUUUUGAAGGGAAUUGCAUGAUUAUCGAUACCGGCCUGACUGAGAGUGCAUUAUGCAUUAGCGUUAUGAUUCACAUUGUGAUUGUAGAUUUAAUAAAUUGUUAGGCGACACUGAAAAUAAGGAUGUCAGAGGGAAAUGAGAGUGCUGAUAAUAUAUAUGUUGCAUUUCCUUAUUAUUUUUUUCUGCCUCUUCCUGCUCUUCAAAUUUCAUCCAAUUUAAUAUAUCGUAUGCGUUAUCGAAUAUAUGAAUAUAUGAAUUAUAUAUACAUACAUAUAUAUAUAUAUAUAUAUGUAUAUAUAAUAUCUAUGUAUGUAUAAAUCCUGUUCUUAGAAGGAUUUUCAUCAUCAUAAAUCAUCAUUAUAAUCAUAAAUAUUUGUAUUUUAUUAAUAAACAUGACUAUAUUAUAGUAUCUUAUAUAAGAGAGAAAAUUUAUAUAAAAUCAAAGAGAUACAUAUAUAUUGCUUCAUAUGUAAUUUUCAUUAUUAUUGUUUUAUGAGAUAUAACCGAUAUUGUAAAAAUUCUUCUAUAUAUUCAAGAUACAAAAUGUUCCAAAAUUAAUAACGUUAUUUAUAACUCGAAAACAAUUAACAUGUCGAUUAAUAUCGAUGACAAAAACAGUAUUCUCUUCAAUUCGAAUUUUAAGCAUUUAUUACGACUUUCUAAUAACGUUAGUUUAAUGUGUGCGAGAAAGAGAUGCCCUAUAAAAAUUUUGAAAUAUAAUUUUCAAUAUAUCUCUAAAUACAUAUACAAUAUUAUAUCAAACUUGUAUUGCAAAUAUAUCAUAUGAUAUAAUAAAAUUUUCGUGCAAUCUUAUUUUUUAAUUUCUAGUAUCUGCGCCUAAGUAAACGUCUAGUAAACGCGCGAGAUGAAUAAUUUCUCUUUACGAGUACAUAUCGGCAUGUCGAGAGAAUAGAUACUCUCGAAGCGAGAUGAAUAAAAUGUAAAAGCACAGUCAAUAAAGAACACUUGCACAUA